AUGACCACCACCCUCAAGACCCUGGACCACCUCGUCCUCACCUGCGCCGACGUCUCCGCCACCGUCGCCUUCUACACCACGCACCUGGGCAUGCGCGCCUCCGAGUUCGUCUCGCCCAAGGACGCGGAGGGCACGGCGCCGCGUCGCGCGCUGCACUUUGGCGCGCACAAGAUCAACCUGCACCAGCGCGGCGCCGAGUUCGAGCCCAAGGCGCGGGAGGCGCUGCCGGGCACGGCGGACCUCUGCUUCGAGCUGGACGACGGCGUCGCGCUGGAGGACGUGCGGAGGAGACUGAAGGAGGCGGGGGAGGUGCAGUUUGAGGAGGGCGGGGAGGUUGUGUACAGGACAGGCUCGAGGGGACGGAUGAGGAGCUUGUACAUCCGGGAUCCGGACGGAAACUUGAUAGAGCUCUCCAAGUACGACGCAGAGUAG